AAAAAAAAAAAAAGGGUUAGUGUCUUCUUGUCGAUUUGGAUUGAUAAGAAGAUGAGAAGAAACUUUCUUUUGGUGGUUUUUCCAGUCCUUCGUUAAAAAAAAUCUUUUCUUUUCUUUUCUAUUGGGUUUCGAUUGGUGUUUUUAAUUCUUGAAAAUGGAACAAGGGCCAAUUCUUUCUCCCCAUAUACUCAUCUUUCCUGGCCCAGGCCAAGGCCAUGUGAACUCCAUACUCAAGCUGGCAGAGCUUUUAUGCCUUGCUGGCUUUAAGAUUACCUUCAUAAAUUUCCAGGAUAUCCAUGAACGUCUAGUUCGUCAUACAGAUGUUGAAGCUCGUUUUUCCAAAUAUUAUGGAUUCCAAUUCAAAACCAUACCAGGUUGUCAGGCAGAAGAUCCUCGACCGGUCGACUGGGUGAGAAAGUUACUUCAGGAAAUGGAAGUGAAGAGCAAGCCAAUUUUCAAGAAGAUGGUGAUUGAGAGUAACCCAGCAGUUAAAUAUAUCAUAGGAGAUGGGGUGAUGGGAUUUGUCUAUGAUGUUGCGGUUGAGGUUGGAAUUCCUGCUAUUCAGAUGCACUGCAUCAGUGCUUGCUCCUUCUGGACAUUCUUUUCUAUUCCUGACGUUGUUGCUGCUCAUCAACUUCCUAUCAAAGGAAAAGAAGACAUGGACAGGUUUAUCACAAAAGUACCAGGAAUGGAAACGUUUCUCCGAUGCCGAGAUCUUCCAGGAGGUUUUUGCCAAGUUAGCGACAUAUCAGACCCUAAUCUCUUCGUCAUCACCAAAGAGAUACGACAAUGCCAAGCACUUAUCAUCAACACCUUUGAAGAGCUAGAAGGACCAAUACUUUCCCAAAUACGCAUUCGCUACCCUAAAAUCUACACAAUCGGACCUCUCCACGAGCAUCUGAAAACAAAACUAAGAAGCAUCGAAAAGCAAGAAUCGUAUUCAUCCUCGAACAGUCUUUGGGAAGUUGACAGGACCUGCAUCACAUGGCUGGAUAACCAGCCAUCGCAAUCUGUACUCUAUGUAAGCUUUGGUAGCAUUACAAUUAUGACUAGAGAGCAGCUCAUGGAAUUCUGGCACGGUCUUGUUAAUAGCAAAAAGAAGUUCUUGUGGGUUAUAAGGCCUGAAUCUGUUAUUAACCAAGAUGGUGAUAAUCUUGGAGAAAUUCCUGAGCAGCUUCAGGAGGGAGAAAAGGAAAAAGGAUACAUCGUCAAAUGGGCACCCCAGGAAGAGGUUUUGGCACACAAGGCAAUUGGUGGGUUCUUGACACACAGUGGAUGGAACUCUACUUUGGAGAGUAUGGAAGCUGGUGUGCCUAUGAUUUGCUGGCCUUACUUUGGUGAUCAGCAAGUGAAUAGCAGAUUUGUGAGUGAGGUCUGGAAGCUGGGAUUGGACAUGAAGGAUGUGUGUGAUAGAGGGGUUGUGGAGAAGAUGGUGAAUGAUCUAAUGGUGGAUAAGAGGGAGGAGUUUGUGAAAUCAACAGCUAGGAUGGCAGAGUUAGCAAGAAAAAGUGUAUCAGAAGGUGGAUCUUCUUCUUCUUGUCUGAACCGUCUGAUCGCGGAUAUAAGGUUGAUGAACAUGAAGGCAUAUAGUAGUGAUACUUACAAGGAUAACUUGUCAUAAUUAAGUGAUGUAUAGAUGCAACUGUAUGCGUCAUUUUCUUCAUUACAAACGUAAGUGUGGUAAUCAUGCAUUUAGAAAAUGUAUGCGAAUGGGUAUUAAAAAUAAAUUUCCAAUAAUUUGUGCCUA